GGGUAGGGCUUGGAUUUUCAUCUGAUGGAUCCAAUGAGACACAAUUUAGGAAGGUGAUUUUUGCAUCGACACUGAGGACUUUUCUGUCCAACUGCUUGUUGCUAAAUCUGCCUACCAAGUACUCCCCCAAUGCAUCCUAAAGAGCCUCCAUCAUUACGUUGCGUUGUAUUGGCGCAUGGGUCUACAUGCUUGGCAUUGACUGUCAAGCUAGGUAGCCCUUCCCCGACAGCCCAACGCUUACCGACGGAAUCCAUGAAGUCAACUUCCACACACUGGACGACCACAACCAUGACCACCGCCACCGCUGCGACGUUCCACCCCUUCCCCCGUCUGCCAUCCGAGCUUCGGGCUCGUAUCUGGGAGCUGAGCGUCGAACCCCGCAUCGUCGAGGUGCGCGUGGUCCACCAUGACCCGAGCCCCGUCAAGGUCACCGAUCCAGACUCGUGGACGGACGCAUGGAUGAAGAAACGUCUGCCACCAGUGCGCCACCUUCGUUCCCACACCCCGGCGCCGGCCCAAUUGCACGCUUGCAGUGAAGCCCGUGAGCACCUGAGCAAGUACCCCAACGGUGGAUACCAAAAAGCCUUCUCAGAGAUCAUGACCACGGCUACCGACGGGUUCGACCCCGUGCCCGAGGACGACCCGCAGGGCGAGCGGAACCGCUAUGUCUGGUUCAACUUUGGCAUCGACGUGAUGUCAGUUGGGGCGACGGAUCUCCACGACUUUCGUGCUGUUGCCCACCAAGUCCGACGGCUGCGACUGGAGAGGGAGCUCUCUAGCGAGUAUUUCUCCUACACCGAGUCGAAAUUGUUCAGGAAGUUUGGCAACCUCGCCGAGGUUCAUCUGGUCUGUCUGGACGGUGUGCUGGCGGGUUAUGGGGUUACGAAUGACAUUUACUUUCCUUGCGGGCCUGAGAAUGUAUACUUUGUCGAUCCUGAAGAGAUGGGGGGCAAGGUGAUGAACAGCGUUGAUUUGGAUGCCAUGAUGGAUGGAGAGUGCGAUGAAUUUGACAGGAUGGAGUGA